CCAAGGAACCAAAGCAUCCAAGAUACCAAGAUAGAAAGAAAGUGGGGAAGAGCGUAAACUACCCAGUAAACCCCCUUCUUUUCUCUUUCACAAACUCACCAGAAAGUCUUCCAACGUUCGAUUUCUUCCCUCUUUCUCUCUCCUCUUUUCCAGGGAUUCAAAUUGAACACUUUUCGAAUUUCAAAUUCCCAAAAAGUUCCCAAAUUUACAGAUUCUAGCCAACAUGAACAUCUUCAAGAAGAAACCUACCGCCAAAGAGGCGCUUCGGGAAAGUAAGAGAGAAAUGGCAAAUGCAACACGAGGUAUCGAAAAGGAAAUUACAGCAUUACAAGUGGAAGAAAAGAGGUUGGUUGCUGAAAUUAAAAAAACUGCCAAAACAGGCAAUGAGGCGGCAACAAAGAUUCUUGCCCGUCAGCUAGUUAGACUUAGAAAACAAAUUUCUAAUUUGCAAGGUAGCCGAGCUCAAAUGAGAGGUAUAGCGACUCAUACACAGGCCAUGCAUGCCCAAUCCUCUGUUGCUUCUGGCUUGAAGGGCGCUACCAAAGCAAUGUCAGCAAUGAAUAAGCAAAUGGCACCUGCAAAACAAAUGAAAAUAUUGCAAGAUUUCCAGAAACAGUCGGCACAAAUGGAUAUGACAACUGAAAUGAUGUCGGAUGCGAUUGAUGACGCUUUAGACAAUGAUGAGGCUGAAGAGGAAACCGACGAGUUGACAAAUCAGGUGCUUGAUGAAAUUGGAGUUGAUGUUGCUUCACAGUUGUCGGCAGCUCCUAAAGGAAAAAUUGCUGGAAAGAAAACUGAAGAAGUCAGCACGUCCGGCAUUGAUGAUUUAGAGGAAAGAUUGGCUGCACUUCGGGGUACAUGAACCUUUCAGUGUAAUAUUCGAAGUGUUUGCUACUAGUACCUGCUCGGGUGUGCUACGGAAUAUACCUUAAGUGAGCUCAUUGUUUUCUUUUUGUUAGUUAUGAUUUGUAUAAUUCAUAUGCAAUUAAUGACUAACAUGUAGUUAUCUGUCAUCCCAAGUCAUCUUUCUAAUUGAGUUCGAUAAUUUGUAUUCAGCGGAUCAAUCUGUCUUGUAUUGUAUAUAGAAUUCAUAUAAAUGCUACUCAUGCCCCUAACUGAAUCGUCAUUUUGAUAUAUAGUACUCCGCAUCAUUUGUUUCGCUCAAA